AUGAUUACUAUCAAGGAUCCACUGAGAGAAAUAUGUCGAGUUGAAGGAGGAAGUCGUAUCCUGAUAUAUUCUGCCAAUGAACCUUUUGAUAGUCAAGUUGACACUGACGAAGUUGAAUCAGAAAACUCACAAGAGGAAACGGCAGCCUCAUUUUGUGAUGUCAAUAUAAACCAACGUUGUGAAUGGAGUAAUGGGGAAACAGGAAUGCUACUAGACUAUUAUGAACAAUUUAUGUCCAGAGUAGGACCCAUGAAAAAGUUCAAAAAUAAGAAAUCCAUGUGGAGUAAGAUUGCUGAAAUUUUGAAUGAAAAGUUUAAAAUACAAAGGACACCAACACAGGUUGAAAAUAGAUAUAAAACUGUGCUCAAAAGAAAAAAAUGUGCAAUUGAAAAUAAUAAAAGAAGUGGUUCUACUAGGAUGGAUGUGCCAUUAGAAAGUGAACUAAGCAAAAUCAAUGCAAUGGAUGAUAGUAUAGAACCUGAGGUUAUUGGAACCUCACAGGGCAUAAUAGUCCUCAAGCCAAGAAAUGAGGAAAACAUCCCAAUAGUGUCCUGUUCAGCAACACCAAUAAGAAAACAUAAGACAAUGCAUGAUACUCUUCUGGAAAUACAUGAGAAGAAAGAGGGAGCCAAAGAAAGACGCCUCAGAGAGAAAAUGGAACUGAUUAGAGAGCUCUUAGGUGGAAAAAAUGAUUAG